AUGAGAUCAAUUUUACAAAAAAGAGAAAAAACUCCACCAGAAGAACCCGACAUAUAUCCUCAAUGGGAUGACGACAAGGUUGAUGAUGCUCUUCACAAUUUGAUUACAGACAUUCUACAUGGGACUCUCGAUGAUACGUAUUGGUCCAUGAAAGCACGUAAUGCACCAAUAGCAAACAGAGAGAAAAAGAAAUUACUGAGAGAAGAAGAAGCAUGUAUGAAGAAAAAAUCUCCAAAAGAGAAGACAUAUGCUCCAUGUGGAGAUGAUACAUUUCGGCAUGACCUAAUGGAAAUGAUGAACACGUUGUCUACAAAGAUUGGAAGUAUGAAUACAAUUAUUGCUGAGAAGGUGUUGACUGCAGUAGAGACAACCAUUGGCGCUAAAAUAGAUGCUAAACUAGAUGCGAGGGUUUGUCAAGCCGAGCUGAGGCAAGCUACUGCCCCUAAAAAUGAUGCAAACUUUGUUAACCAAGAAGAUAAAGUCAACAGCAAUGAUCCAUCAUGGUUUGUCCAAGACAAGGCACUAACACCUUUGGAUGCGGCAGCUCAGUGUGGGGUUAGAAAGAAAGCCAAAAAACAUGAGGUCAAGCAAGAUAUUGAAAGGUCAUUCUCUCCUAUUCUACUUGAACGUGAGGGUGAGAAGGUUGUGGAAAAAAAAGCAAGUAAAAAAAGUGUUGGAGGGUUGAAAAAAAUAAAGACGGAGAAGAUUGAAGUUCCGACGCUUAGAGAUACUUCUGCAACAUGGUCUAAUCCAGAGGAAAAGGAAAGAUAUGGUAAACUAGGUACCACUUUAGACGAGUUGGCGGCAUCCUUGUUAGAUGGACAUUUGAAGAAACGCAAGCCACAGCUGACAAAGACUCAAGUGUUUCCAUAUGUCGGGAGCUCAACUGUAAAGAGGAUCAUAACACGUGAUGAUGAUUCUAAAGCCCACUAUGAUCCUUUCGAUGAAGUUGAUGAGCUAAAAUUGAAGAAGCUACUGGAUUUUCUGGAAAAUCAUGCGUAA